CGCAAUCCCGUGAUUAACAAAAUUGACUUAUUUACUGUUAUGGUUUCGUCUUCAAAAUGGUGAAGCUUAUAAUUUGCAAAGUCACGUGGCCUAUAAUCUACGAUUGAUCGACAUAUAAUAUCUGUUCGCCAUACAUGUAGCAUAAUAACCUUGAAGCGUGGAGCCGUAGGAUUGAGAACGUACAGUACAGCAUAUCAAAAUGGAAUGGCGUCAUAAUAUUUCAAUUUAAGGCUGAGGAAUAUGCAUGAUGGCAUAAAGCGUAAUUACGUUUCUAUGAACACCUAAUUUUUUGUAAGCCUCUGUUCAAUUUACGGUAGGCAAUCGGAUAAUGGAUUUUCAGCCUAGAACCUCUGUUAAGUAGAUAGCAUUGAUUCAUUGCAAUAUUGCAGUCAUGGUCAUUUGUUGUGAUACAGCCCAUGCCGAUACACUCUUUAUCCGCAGUGCUUAGUUACAAACCUGCUUAGUUCACUUGGAAAGACUUAACGAUUGAGAACAUCCCAGUGUCAGCAUGGAAACCUUGGACAUUGUAUCAUUGAUAGGGAUGGCCCUUUCGAUCUUCUGUUACAUCGGAACCAUUGUAACAUAUGCAAGUUUUCAUGAACUACGAAAUAUCCCCGGAAUGUGCCUCAUAAACGUUUCGGUGGCACUGUUGAUUCCAUCUGUCACAUUUGUGGUCACUCUGUGUGUAGUAAUCAGUGGAACACCAUGCGUUGCCUUGGCUAUUCUUCAGCAGCUUUGCUUGCUCGCCGCAUUCUCUUGGAUGUCACUUCAGGCCGUGCACAUGGUCCGUACGUUUGUCCUCACCAACUGGCAAACGCCUAUGGGACAUCCGCAAAACAGGAAGCAGUGGGCCAGGGUCAGCCUGACACACGCCCUCAUGGGCUGGGGGUUUCCAACUAUCUACACGGGUGUUCUUUUGUUUUUUCAUUUCUGUAACAAUUGCCUGCCUGGUGGCGCUGAGUUUCGGUUUGGUAAAGGCGUCAACUCUACUUCAUCGGAAUGCUGGCCGGGACAAACUUAUCUUGCCUACCAUCUGUCAAUCGAUCCGAUUCUCAUUCUUCUCACUCUCAACAUUGUGGCUCUUCUGAAUGUCAUGAUAGCAAUCAUCAGACAACGAAUGGUAACGAGAAAGGUUGCAGGACGGGAAUUGAGAAAAGAAAUGGCUAUAAAUCUCCUCAUCUUGACUAAGCUGUUAAUCUCCCUGGGCGCCACUUGGAUUCCUGUCCUGCUGUAUCAGUUUCGUCCAUCCCUUCUCCUCAUGCAGAUCCAUUUCCUCCUCAACUCGUGGUUGGGUGUCACAAUCUUCACGCUUUUCGCCACCUCGCAGCGUAUCCGUCGACUUUGGCGGGAAAAACUGCGAGGAUUCUGCCUCACGAAGUCAAUUCCUGGUGAUCUCUAUAAGCUUCGAGAAUCGUCUGGUAGCGGUAAAAUUGAUGUGGUGACCUGAAUAGGG